CCCUGAUAGCAUCAGCAGGUAUUUCUUGUUUAUGUCGUGUGUACUAAAAGUGGUGUUUAACCGAGCAACAGUUUCAAUAACGUGUACUAACGUAACAAUCACCUGAACCCAAUCGUUUGAUGACACACGGCGGCAGUGGGGCAGGUGUUUCUCUGAGCUCUUAAAUAUCAGUUGCAUUGUGUUGCUGGCUGAUAAAUACGUGCUUAGCUAAAACGAGCGCAUUUCAGACGGAACGCCUUUGCUAGUUUGAACCCGAGGAAGAAGCGACAUGCAGUCUGCAGUGAAACAAAACUUUCAUGCAGAAACUGAAGGAGAUGUCAACAAACUCAUCAACCUGAAGUUAAAUGCAUCCUACACCUACCUUGCCCUGGGUAUGUAUUUCGACAGGGAUGAUGUUGCUUUGCCAAACUUCUCCAGUUUUUUCCUGGAGCGUUCAGCCAAAGAGAGGGAACAGGCUGAGAAGCUGCUGGAAUAUCAGAACAUGAGAGGCGGACGAAUUUUGCUUCAGAACAUCUCUAAACCAAGUAAAGAAGACUGGAAGGGCGGUCUGGAUGCAAUGACCUUUUCCCUGGAAUACCAGAAAACCCUAAAUACACGUAUCCUUGAUGUGCACCGCAGAGCUGGCAGCCACACUGAUCCCCAUCUGUGUGACUUCCUCGAGCAGCACUUCCUCGUUGACAGCCAUGACACCAUCAAGAAGCUGGGCGACUACAUUGGCAGUCUGACCCGCAUCGCUGCGUCUGAGACGACCGGUGCUAUGGGAGAAUACCUCUUUGACAAGCACACUCUGUAAAAGGUCCUGGGAGAACAGUGAAAAAAGGUCCACAUUUCAAAAUAUACAGAGAUGCAAAAGACAAUCCACACGGUUUGUCCUUUCCCAUUAAAACUUUACAAAAUUGUUACAGUCAACCACAGGUAUUAUCCAAUUGCACUAGACCAAGUUAAAUCAAAAUGCCUCAGUUUUUCUUAUAAAAAAGCAAAGAAAUUCAAAUGUGUUGGGGAAAUUGUUCUCAUGAAUGUGGUGCUAAACACUACCAUUUUUCUAAGCUGUUACAAUGAGUAACUUGUUCAUGUGGAUUCCGUUUUUUUUUUUUUAUCAUGUGUCACACAUUCCAUUGUCAUGUUUCAACCCAAAGAACAUUUUUAUAAAUGUGAACAAUUUUUGAAGAAAAAAAACAAAUGGACAUUUCAAACAUUCAAUAAAGUCUCAUUAUGCUGACAAA